GAUGAGCUUUGCCGGGUCACCAACUUUGCAGAGCAGGUGCAAGAGGCACUGCGAGACGCUUAUGGUGAUGUGGUGCCACAGCACUUGGAGGACUUAGCUUCUCAGAUCGGCGUUGGACGUCUGCAGCCGAGAUGGUCUUCUGGACGCCCGGAGGCAUCCCGAGCCAACCGCGACGUGCCGCUUUCGCAGAGUGCGUCGCCGUCUCCCGCCAUGCCUUCUCCAAGAUGUGCGGAGGCUCCAAGAUCCGCAGCGUCUUCGCCCGUCUGCAGGCCACGGCCUCGACUGCGGCGACCGUCUUCACCCGGGUCGCCAACACGAAGCGUGGGCCAACGACUUUACAACGAAGGGAUGUGCCUCAUACAAAGGCGGAAGGAGUUUGUGGAGAAGGUGGUGGCCUUGGACAAAGAAGACCUGCAGCGAAAGGCUAAAGAGCUGCUUGCGUUGGGAAGCCGCCUGCAUGAAUCCACAGGCAGCUUGGGGCGCCUGGGAGGAUGGCGGCUAUGCCAGGAGCAGCGCUUGCCUGGCCGCGCUUGCAGAACGCAGGGGUCUCCGCGCCGUCGGCGUCCGAGCCAGACUCCUUCAAGCUCUCGGAUCAGCAACGGAAGCUCUCAGAUGUUGGAGGUGACCCAGCUGCCGUCGCUCCCGCUGACGCCCUCGCAGCCAGUCUGCGAAAGGACCGAGGAAGCGCGGGCUUCUACGGAGACCUAUAACGAGCUCGACGUCUUGCGGCAAAAGCUCGGCCUGCUCUCGCUGGGUGCUGACUUGCUUCGCCGCAAGCUCCAAGAGGCCGAAGAAGCGAAGCAAGGCCAGCUGCCUGUGGAUCAUGCUGCUCAGGCGGCUUCGCCGAGCAGGGUUAGCCAUGAACGACGCCUCAGUGGAAAAUCCCAAAGCCAGCGAGAGCAUGAGAAUGAGUCGUUGCUACGAUCUCCUGUCACAUACUUGCCUCUGCAGGCUUCGUGCUCGGACGGGCAGCUGAGCUCGAGAGGCCCAGGCCUUGAGCCCGAGCUCUUGGAGAAUCCGAUGAUGGUCCAUCGCUCGCGAAGCGCAGGGAGCCCACUGCUAACACCAUCCCCCCAGGCGCCUCUGCUCGGAAGCCCUGCCCACGGCCAAGGACCCUGGAGGAUGGUGAAUGCAGCGAACAUGACCUCGGCUUCAACUCCGCCAAGCCCUGUGGCUCCAUCGAUGUCGCCGCCAAUGUCUGUCUGCAUCACUAAUACUAUCCAGGUUGGCCGUGACACUCCCCCGAUCACGCAGCGCCUGAUAAUGCAGCCCAAAGUGGUGCAUUCGGUUCGGUUGCAUCCCACUGCGUAUGAACCAUGCCGACAGCCCAAAGUGGACAAAGUUGAUUCCAAUUUCCGGGCUUCUCUUUGA